AUGGACUCUUCAGACUAUUUAGACUCAGAUCUAACAGAAGAUGAAGUCAAAAAAGUCCGAUUGCAAGUCCCACUUACUCAGUUUCAGGUUUUUGAGAUAGAAAAAUGCUCAGCUACGUUUAAUAAAUCAACAUAUAACUAUGCAGUUUGUGCAUUAUCAGAACAUUUACUCGUUUUCCUGAAAAAAGGCUUUGGAGCUUCAUUUUCUGUUAUUGUACAAUACCAUAUUCUCAAUAUCCGCAGUCUCCAUGUCGAAGACGAGAACAACGUCAAAUUAACAGUCGGCAACACAAAAAUCUGUUUACGCGGACCAAAAAUGAUCCAAUUUACACGUAUUCUUCUUAGAAAUUAUAUUUUACUUACUCGUCUUUGGCCGGCAUCAAUGUGUUUGGACUUCAAACCAGAUAAACCGAAAAAUUUCCCAGCAUUUACACCACACAUAUCCCUUUCAGAGAUGUUCCAACUCACUUAUAAUGCGUAUUGCGCCUAUUUCAACGUUGACUACUACCAUGACAUUGCAAGAUUCUUCCAUACGCUUGUCAGCACUGGCAAUGCCAUUGCUAACUUUUCAAAUCUUCCUUUAUCUGUUGUUGAUACGAACUUCCAAGACCCUGUCUCAUUACGUCCUGUCAUAGCUUCAUUCAUGUUCUGUCCUAUGAUCUAUGGAUACCUUCUUACAGAGGUUUCUCGCCCAGAUUUCUUGAAAUCCAUCGCUCCUUUGGUUAAAAACAACUUGAAGGCCAAGUUCAUCCAAUGCAGAGCAUGCUCAGUCCGUGAAGGUAUCAGUGACAUCGCAGAUGCUGUCAUCUCCAACAAACAAUCAAAUAUUAUUUUUUAUGACUUGUCAAAGAAUCCAAUUAUCGGCAUUUCCAAGUUCGCAUAUGCACUUUCAAAGGUCGAACAUAAGAUUCUCUACAUCAACGUAAGCGAUACUAACCUCAAAACACACGAUGGAAUUUAUUUCAUGAAAGCUUUCAACAACAACCCAUAUUUAAUGAGUGUUAUGUACUUCUACAUGAGGGGCGCACCAAUCGGCUACGCAGCUAUCGAUCAAUUCUGCCAAUUCCUUGAAUUAUGUUCCAAACACAACAAAAGUAACCUCAGGCACUUGGAUGUCGGCACAAUCUACGAAGGAUCCGAAGUCUUCUUCGGCUGCCUCAAAGCGAACCCGAUGCCCCUUCAGUAUCUCGCGAUAACAGAUUCGACCAUCAAAGGCAAAGGUUACAGUAAGUUCAUAUUGUAUCUCGAAACUACAUCGUUCCUCGAAGAACUCGAUAUUUCCGGUAUCGGUUUCACGAUUGAACAAAUUAUCGAGAUUCUCCAAACGAUUGUAAAGAAUGAUACCAUCAUGAAGAUGAAGAUCCACAUGAAUAGAAUACCUUCCAUCGGUAAAGGUUUCUCUUACAUCGCUGAUUUCUUCAAUAAACCGUCAAAUUGUGACAAAUUUGAGGGAAUUUCCAUGAAUCAGUGCAGUAUCGAUGCCAAACUUAUCACUAAGUUCGACCAAUUGUUCAAGAACUUCAAGAAUUUGAAGGAAUUGAACAUUGGUGGCAAUUUCUCGAAAUCAAAUCGCGAACUCGAGAAUGUUAUCGACCUUUUGAUGUCACUUGAGCCUGUUGUACACCUCGGGCUUGAAGGAAACAGCAAAUACUACCUCGGAGAGAAGGGAUGCUCUUAUUUAUGCCAUCAAUUGAAGAGAAACCAACAUAUAAGAGAGAUCGAUAUAUCAAACAACAGGAUUGGAGAUGAAGGCCUCAAAGCAAUUUCAUCUCUUCUUGAAUCAAACGAAAAAAUUACAGUUCUCAAGUGCGAUGGAUCACUUCCGAAAACUUUGGAAUCUAUUACUAUGCUGUUCUCAAUUGUUGGAUCACACCCGUCACUUUACGAUUUCCCAUGGCCGUACAAUGACGUUUACAAUUUCAUCGAGAACUAUGCAUCAUCCAAACAACGCGAUAUCACCCUUGAAACUCUCAGCAGCAAACAGAAGGCAGCAGCCGAGAAUAUGCAGAAGAACCUCAACAAGGCAGGAAUGCACUCAUCUCUCUCUUUAUUAAGAAUUCCGGAGAUCGACCGAUGCAUUGACGAAUGCACACUCACAUUCCACGAGCUAGUCUCUACACAGCCAGUCAAUACUCACUCAAAGAUUGUAAGAGAUUUCGGAUUAAAUUACCCUCACAUCGACGAAAACUGCAUGUACAAGGGUAAGAAAGCCACAUUACCAAAGCAACCAAAGUGCUACGAUGCUUCAAGCGAUUCUACAGGCUUUACUGAGAAUAAUUUAGAUUUAGCUCACACAUCUCAACUGGAAGCCCUUGCUAUCAGGAGACCAGACCUUGAUGAACGCAUUAAGCAGCUCAAGAAGUCAAUUGACGGCGAAGAAGAAGGCGAACAAGUUGAAAAGAUGCAGACAUUAGAUUUAAUCAAUUCAGAGCAACCACAAGGAGCAUUAGUACAAGAUGCAAACAAACCAAAGGAGGACGAAGAAUCAUCGGAUUCCUCCGAACGAUCAACAUCCACUUCAACAACAUCAAACAGAAAUGUAAACAUCUCAAUUCCGGUCGAUUCUACUCCAACACCAACUUCAUUCCAAAUCGAGCAGCCGCCACCACAGAUACAAGCUAUACCACCAGUGAGGUUCCAGGCGGACGAACAAGUCAGAGCUCCAUCUCCAUCUGGUCCGAUUUUGCUAUCUCUUCCAUUACCACCUCCUCAGAUCAACUUACAACAAAGAGCAGUUCCUCCACCAGUUCCUCUUGGUACCAGCCUUCCUGCCUCAGCAGCAGCGGCUCCAGCUCCACUUCCUCCACCUCCGAUGCCGAACCAAGACAACUUCAACUCUCUUAUUCUACCACCAGGAGUACAGACAGUCCCUCCUGUCAAACCUGCUCCUCUUUCUUCACUCGAAAUUGUCGAAUCUAUGAAACCAGAUCAGCCGCACGACAUGCCAGCAAUAAACGGACCACUUCCUCCACCACAAUCGAACGACGAAAUGGGAUCUCUCAGGUCAGUCAACAUUCCUCCUCCAGGACCAAUGUCCCGACCACUUUCUACCGGAUUACCUCCGAUGCCGCCCCCAAUUAUGCCAGGUUCCAUUCCAGAGCUCAAUUCCGGCAACUUACCUCCUCCACCAUUACCUGGCCAGAGUACUCCCAAACCAUUCACUCCUUCAUUGGGAACAUCUCUUCCAAAUGUUCCACAAGCACCAGCACCACUUCCUCCAAUUCCAAAUCAGAGCCAAGGAUUCACUCCAUCGCUUGGAACAUCCCUUCCUAAUGUUCCUCAGGCUCCUGCUCCUCUUCCUCCAAUUCCACAACAACAAAAUAACAAACCAGAUGAUUCUUCUGAUUCAGACAUCUCUUCUACUUCAAGUGUGACAUCAAUUCCAACUGAUUCGGAGUCUGAUUCAUCAGAUUCUUCUUAUUCAUCCUCCAAAUCAUCUAAACCAGCUGCAAAACCUCCUCCAUCUCCUAAACCAGUUCCAGCUCCAGUUCCUGCUCCUGCUCCAAAGCCUGCUCCUGCUCCAGAGAAACCAAAACCAAAACCAAGGAGAUCUGAUUCUUCAUCUAGUUAA